AUGGCAAAGAGACACGCUUAUGAAGCCCAGUUCAAACUGAAGGCGAUCAGCUACGCAGAGGAACAUGGGAAUCGAGCAGCCGCGAGAGAAUAUAAGAUCAACGAGUCUAUGGUUCGCAAGUGGAGGAAGCUGGAAAAUGAAUUGCGGAAGGUGAAGAAAACGCAGCCGAGCUUCCGCGGACACAAGGCGAGAUGGCCGGACUUGGAGGAAAGUUUGGAGAGGUGGGUGAUCGAGCAAAGAGCGAGUGGAAGGAGCGUUUCAACGGUCACCAUCCGACGUAAAGCAGUAGCGCUGGCGGAGGAGAUGGAAAUUGAACAUUUUCACGGAGGUCCGUCCUGGUGUUUUCGGUUCAUGAAGCAGUGCCAUCUCUCCAUCCGGGCCAGGACAACAGUAGCGCAGCAGUGCCCGGCGGAUUACUUGGAAAAGAUGGAGAGCUUCCACUCAUUUUGUAGCCGACACAUAACCCAGAAACUCAUCCAGCCCAGCCAAAUAACGAACAUGGACGAGGUCCCGCUGACGUUCGACAUCCCCACAAACCACACGGUGGAGAGGACGGGGACCAGCACGUACAGCCAGGAGUCCAGCAGCAGGACCAAAGCGGACUCUUCCUCCGCUGGUCUGCAGAAACAUAAAGCCAAAGAGAGAAAAAAUAGGAGGGAUAAAGUCCUCACCACUUCACCAGGUCUGAAGGUCCAAAAGAGGAUUCAUACUGAAGAGAAGCCGUACAGCUGUGAUCAGUGUGGGCGAGCUUUUACCACAUCAAUUAUUUUAAGGAGUCAUCAGCGUAUCCACACUGGAGAAAAGCCGUACAAAUGUGAUCAGUGUGGGGCAGCUUUUACCAAUUCAAGUAGUCUAAGGCGUCAUCAGCGCAUUCACACUGGAUUUAAGCCUUACAGAUGUGAUCAGUGUGGGGCAGCUUUUACCCAACAAGGUACUCUAAGGCAUCAUCAGCGUAUUCACACUGGGGAUAAGCCUUACAAAUGUGAUCAGUGUGGGGCAGCUUUUACCAUUUCAAGUAGUCUAAGGCGUCAUCUGCGUAUUCACACUGGAUUUAAGCCUUACAGAUGUGAUCAGUGUGGGGCAGCUUUUACCGAACAAGGUAAUCUAAGGAGUCAUCAGCGUAUUCACACUGGGGAUAAGCCUUACAAAUGUGAUCAGUGUGGGGCAGCUUUUACCGAACAAAGUAGUCUAGGGAGUCAUCAGCGUAUUCACACUGGGGAUAAGCCUUACAGAUGUGAUCAGUGUGGGGCAGCUUUUACCCGACAAGGUAGUCUAAGGAGUCAUCAGCGUAUUCACACUGGAUUUAAGCCGUACAUAUGUGAUCAGUGUGGGGCAGCUUUUACCCAACAAGGUCAUCUAAGGAGUCAUCAGCGUAUUCACACUGGAUUUAAGCCUUACAAAUGUGAUCAGUGUGGGGCAGCUUUUACCCAACAAGAUAAUCUAAGGCGUCAUCAGCGUAUUCACACUGGAUUUAAGCCUUACAGAUGUGAUCAGUGUGGGGCAGCUUUUACCCAACAAGGUAGUCUAAGGCGUCAUCAGCGUAUUCACACUGGAUUUAAGCCUUACAGAUGUGAUCAGUGUGGGGCAGCUUUUACCCGACAAGGUAGUCUAAGGCGUCAUCAGCGUAUUCACACUGGAUAAAAAAUUAUGACUGUGAUCAGCGUGGGGCAACUUUUACUUGGAGAGUUCAGUUAAAGGUGCCAAUUUAGACAUGUUAUGUUCUGAGAAA